AUGGCGACAAUCCGCCCCAUGCUGCCCGAGGACCUCCUCCGCAUAUCCUCCACAAACCUCGACCACCUCACCGAAACCUACAACAUCGGCUUCUACGUCGAGUACCUAACAAAAUGGCCCGAGCUAUGCCAAAUCAUCGAGGGAAUAGACGGGGAGAUAGAAGGAUACAGCAAACUCGAAUCCUCGCCCUACCCCUCCCCAACAACCCCCUACCAACCCUCCAAAACCUCCCGUACACACCCAAACUACCUCCCCUGGCACGGCCACAUCACCGCCCUGACCGUCGCGCCCAGCGCGCGCCGCCUCGGCCACGCAUCCGCCCUUUCCUCCGCGCUGGAACGCAGCAGCGACGCGGCGAACGCGUGGUUCGUCGACCUAUUUGUGCGCGCGAGUAAUGAGAUUGCAAAGGAGUUGUAUCGGAAAAUGGGGUAUAGCGUGUACCGGCGGGUGCUGGAUUACUACAACGAUGGCGAGGAUGCGCUGGAUAUGCGGAAGUCGCUUAGUCGGGAUGUCAAUAGGGAGACGGUGAGGGAGGGCGGGGAGGAUUUUAAGGUCACGGCUGAUGAUGUUUGGUGA